UUACAGCCUUGAAGAGUUCUGUGGGGCCAUGGACCGGCCAGGGUUCACAGCCUCGCUGGUGGCUGGUGGGAUAGCAGGUGUAUCUGUUGACUUGAUAUUAUUUCCUCUGGAUACCAUUAAAACCAGGCUGCAGAGUCCCCAAGGAUUUAAUAAGGCCGGUGGUUUUCGUGGAAUAUAUGCUGGCGUUCCUUCUGCUGCUAUUGGAUCCUUUCCUAAUGCUGCUGCAUUUUUUAUCACCUACGAAUAUGUGAAAUGGCUUUUGCAUACUGAUUCAACUUCAUAUUUGAUGCCUGUGAAGCAUAUGUUGGCUGCCUCUGCUGGAGAAGCGGUUGCUUGCCUGAUUCGAGUUCCAUCUGAAGUGGUUAAGCAAAGGGCACAGGUAUCUGCUUCUUCGACAACAUUUCAGAUUUUCUCUAACAUCUUAUAUGAAGAGGGCAUCCAAGGGUUGUAUCGAGGCUAUAAAAGCACAGUUUUAAGAGAGAUUCCUUUCUCCUUGGUUCAGUUUCCCUUAUGGGAGUCCUUAAAAGCCCUUUGGUCCUGGAGGCAGAAUCAUGUGGUGGAUUCUUGGCAGUCAGCAGUCUGUGGAGCUUUUGCAGGUGGAUUUGCCGCUGCAGUCACCACGCCUCUGGAUGUGGCAAAGACAAGAAUUAUGUUGGCAAAGGCUGGUUCCAGCACGGCUAGUGGGAACGUGCUGUCUGCCCUGCACGGGGUCUGGCGGUCACAGGGGCUGGCCGGAUUAUUUGCAGGUGUCUUCCCUCGAAUGGCAGCCAUCAGUCUAGGUGGUUUCAUCUUUCUGGGGGCAUAUGACCAAACACGCAGCUUGCUGCUGGAAGUUGGCCGAAAGAGUCCUUGAAGCAGAGACUGCUUCAUAUCCACUUCUUUCCAGAAGGGCCUGCUGUGAGAGCCGUCCUUUCAGUGAGCAGCUGUUCAGCCAUCUGAGCUGUAAGACCCAGUGCUGAAUCCAGUUCUGCUAAGAUUAUGGCGUUGAGAAUGUGCUAUCCAUAGUAUAGGUUGGCUGGAAUGAAGUCAUCCGUCUACAUGCCAGAAAGUUCAGAGAAGAAAACUAUGUCCAUGGCGGCACUUUGAACAAUUUUCUCAGAAUCCCUUAAUAAAUAAGUUUGGUAUUGCUGAGGCCAGGCCUCUCGAGAGCUUU